AAUGGGGUUAAUACAGAUACAUUGGUUUUGAACUAUACUAUUGGUUUUGUUGAACAUGUAAUGAAUUUGGUCCACGUAUACUGGCUUUUAGACAUUUCUUUUGAUCAUACAUAUUGUUUUGGUUGCUUGCUUUCUGAUUUGCUAUUUUACAAUUUUUUUUUACGUAUUUACAUAUACUGAGAAAAACAUCAGAUUUCUGAUUUAAAAAUUGUUCUUCUGGCAAACAUUCUUAUUUGCUGACAUAUGUAGUGCCUUGCACAUUUAUGUAUUGGUUAUUUGGCCUGUGUGUUAUUUUCCAAAUAUUAAAUUGUCAGAAUACACAUUGAAAAUCUGGCGUAUAUAUACAGUAUAUGAACCAAGAUAUAUGAACCAAUUUAUAUAUAAACCAAUGUAUAUGAACCAAUAUAGAUCCCAGAUAAUUGGUGUAUACACUGAUAGAUCAAUACUUAUCCUAAAACCAGUUCUUUAGUGGUAAUAAACAAUCCAGUGGGCAUGUUAUAGCAACAGUAUGUUUCUCACAGUCAACAUGUAAAAAAAACAAAACAAAAAAAAAAACAAAAAACAGAUCGGUAAGCAAGCAACAAAAACAAUAUGUAUGAUAAAAAUCCAAUAAAUAUGCCAGUAUACAUGGAAGAAAUCCAGUAUAUGUUCUAGCAAACCAGUAUAGCUCAAAACCAGUGUAUAUGAAAUUAAGCCCAUUAAUUUCCAAAUAAUCCAAGUUAUAUGCACACAGCAAGCAUGAAUUAUUUCCUGAAUGGCACCCCAUAGAAAAGAGCAGCGAUCAUGAGGCUCUCUUUGUGAACGGCAACCCAUACUUUUCUCAGGCCAUUCAUAGAUCACUAAUGGAACUAGCAAAUUCUAGCACAACACACACACACACACACACACACAGAAUAAUGAAGCUGGUAGCAGAUAUAAAAUUAGCCCCAUAUUUAGCAUGCAAUAUAAAAUCAUUCUGAUCAUAUUUAAACAUUCUAUUCUUCAAACUAUUAAACUACCAGGGAGCAUCAGCAAGUCCAGGCUUAUAUUCCUCACUCUCAUAACUACAUACUUUUGCUAUUAAUGUCACUGUAGUUUCUAAAUAAUUGAAGAACUGAAAUAAUAUGUUAUAGGCUGAAUAACUCGAGCUGAGACUUUAAGGCUAUAAUAAAUGAGUACUUGCUAUACUACUGAACCUAGAAUAUACUGGUUAUAGCUGGUUUAGUGAAGUAAGUGUUUCACAAAUGCAGUAUCACCAAAUGACACUUAGUCAUCACACUUUUCUUUACUACAUAUCACAAUAAGCUCUAGCUGAUUACAUACCUCUCCCAAACCCUCAGGCUACGAGAGGCCAUUUCUCUUUUCACUAGUGUUUUAAAAGCCAUUUUUCCCUUCACCUCUGUCUGAACCACUGCUUAACAGAGACAAAGAGGCAGAAGAAAGAAGGGAAUUGGAAAAAAGAGAAAAAAUGUAAGCGGGAUUGUGAAAACGAUCAAAUUUUACGGUUCAGCUCUCCAGCACUCUCUCUGUCCACUGAAAUAGCAAAACAAUUUACACUCAUCCUGCACAUUAACCUUUCUCAAGCUAUCACUUAUAAUGCCUGAAUGAGAUGCUCUGUGUGGCUGAUAAAUAUAAGAUAGGGGAAUGGGCCUCGAGGAAGGGAGAGUAAGAAAAAAAGUGAAAAGGAAAAUUGAGGAUUUAAGGUAGAAUGAGGGAAAAAGUGGUUCAUGCUUGAAUGUAAGGUUGGCAUAUUUAACCUGCCGAUCUGUAUGAAAUAUGGCCACCGGCCGGCGUACUGCUUCAGUGCUCUCGAGGACGUAGUUAACAUUUCCGCAGGUAAAAGGGGAGGCGUCAUUAAAGAAAGCCAAGGAUGCGCAUCUCGGCACAGCCCGAAGCCAUUUAUUGCAUGAAAGCCUCCAUAUCCCCAUCAAUCUGCUUGCCAAGGACCAGAAGGCAAUGCAGAACCCCACAGGCUUAUAGCCAGACCAUCUCUGCCUUAAAGACAGGCAGCUGAGGGAUAACCUAAAAAUCAUAGGUUUUGGGUCAAUUAUAAAUACUUAUAAAGACAUAUGGCAGUUGUGUCAAGCUGUGUGACAUUUAUAUUCAGACUUUCUGAUGAUGUACUUAAAAUACAUUUUAUUAAAAUUAAAACUUAAUUUUCUUCUUCCCAUGAUCAUCAGAAAAUGAGAAGAUGGUCAUAUGGGAACAUGGAAUAUUUCAAAUAUUUCAUAGGGGUGAAUAUGUUAGGUAACAGCUUGAGUGAAUGUUUUGUGGCUAAAAUAUAAAUUUUUUUCAUAACCUGUAACAGAUGACUCAUGGAAAAUAAUGUUUCAAGCAAAUGGACUAAAGUAUUUUAAUGAUUAUAUUUCAAGGUAAAGUGUCAUUAUAGUGAGCUGCGACAGAAAAAAAUACUGUUUUCUAAGUGUUUAAUAUUUAAUAUUCAUUUGUACACGCACACAGGUUGUUGUGAAGGACACUUUACCUUUCACACACACCUUUCUGUGCUCUUGUCCCCUCUUUGCUAUCCCAUCUCUAAAACUCUAGACUUCCCUUCUGUACUACAGCUAAAUACUUAUAAUGUGCACAAAACAUGGACACAACGUGAAAUAAUGCAGUAAAUAUAGUUGAAAAACGGAGGUGCUCAGAUUUAUCCUCCAACCUCGGCUGUUCUAUCUAGUUCCAUAAUUGAAAGAACAAAUGUUGACAAAAGCUACAGCAGAUUGAAAAGCUACAAGGUUAGUGGACCACCUACAGUUAAUUUGCUCGGCUGCUACAGGUUUCAGGAGACAUCCUGUCUCUGUUAACCUCUGGGCAACUGUAGUGUGUGGAUGAUUCAGAACUAAUAGAAAACCUUAUUCUUGACCCCUUUAGUGUGACAGUAGCAUUCAUUAGGUGCUGAAGUGAAUAAAUAAUUUUACUGCAGUAAUCUAUUUCUACAAUGCAACAAGAUUCAUUCUGUUUCUUCUGCCUUUUCCAUGAAGAUACAGAAAGAAUUGCAACCCUGUUACCACCAAAUAUUGCAAUGUGGUCAUGUGUUUAUGCAAAUCGUUAUUUCAGGAUAUUAUCUUUGAGGAUAUUGGAAUUUGAUAUAAUGUGGCGAAUAUGCAUCUCCAGAGAGUCCAUAGAAGGAUUUUCACAAGCAGCAUUUAUUGAAAACAUUUACAUGCAUAUUUCUGAAGGCUUCAAGAAGAUGGCCAAGUGACUAUCAAAGCUUUUUAUCUGCUUCGUGCUCCAGUAGCCAUCCAGUCUGAUGAGCAAUAAUGCACUCAACAAAGGCAAAAUAUCUCCAUAACCCAGCAUCCUCUCUCACUGUCUCUCGCCAUCGUUUUGCCUUGCAUAAAUUGUACUGAGUUGCUCUGAGUUAUUGACCCAGACACCUAUUGCACUAAGGAGCAGCUAAAAAUUAAUAUGUGUUUGCUUACAGCUGUUAGUGAUGAAUUAAGUCUCAGAGAAAGAGAAUAGGGGUCACAGAGGAGCCUGGGUGAUUAGGCAUAGUCUCUACAGCAUUUGCCUGUUACUAUUGUUGCAAUUUCUCACCUAAAUGGGCCCAGAAGCAUGACAUGUGGCUACAUUACAUGUUUACAAAGAGUUAUUUUAUAUUGAUUGCUGUCCAUGGCAUGUACAUUAGAGUGUUCAUUCACUGGCACUGAAGGAUCCGUGAUGCAUCUUUUCCCCUACAGCUAUUCUUUUAUAGCCUUGGAUAAUGUGUAAUAAUGAUUCUGAUGGUGAGCUUGAGCCAUGAUUUAGAGAAUGCGCUUAAAAGUGCUUCCAUGUUUAUGACAUUGCAACUUGGAUUUUCUCUGGCUUUUUACAGGUUAUUUCUUCCUGUGACAGCAGGAUCACAGCACAUUGUUUAUUUGCUUUGGUCAGGCUGCUUUUGUCUCCAUUAAAGGUUUUGCAGCUUGCUGCACAAGUUCAGGGCUUGUGUCAUCUCACCAGGCUAUAAAAAAGAGCCCAGGGAAGAGGAGUUUCAUGAGGCACGGCCACUCUGGUGCACAGGCUAGGACUCGAGAUGGAUCACCUAUGCACCUGCCCUAGAGCAAGCAGGUAAUGGGCAAUCUAGCCAACCUUGUUACGGACAUCCAUGUUUUACUGGCUCCAUCAGCACCACGGAAGCAUUGCUGCCUAUAACUGAGAUGAUGAAAAAUUAAUAACUGAUCAUUUCUGUCUAUGAAUGCGGAACUAUGCAUGAUUAUUAUUAUUAACUGGUUUUAAUACCCUGCACAGCCUGACAGGUCUUCUUCUCACUGAGAUUAAGGACUGGACGUUUAAUGAUGGCAUUGCUGAAAUUGUCAUAACUCAUAAAAGGGCCAUUAAAAGGUUAUUAUAGAGAAGGCUGGAGCUUUUAUGUGUUUAACUUCAGCAUGGAGGCACCAAGCAAUCUAUCGCUUUUUUUUCUAUUUUUUUUAUUUUUGAUUUUCCUCCUAACUCCUGCCUGCAGGGCCACCACUCUGAGAUGUGUGAGUCAUAUCAAUUACUGGCCAUUAUUACAGGGAGAGCAAAUGAGAGGGAUAUCAGAACAAAGAGGGGAGGGAGAGAGAUUGCACAUGUUGAAAUGCUGGUUGGAAAUGAUGGAGAGGGAGUAAAAGAGGAAGGUAUAGAGAGAGGGGAUGAAAGUGGUCUAUAAGGAAUGACCAGUUGGCAGUAUUUUAUGGUUCCCCAUAGGAAUCAAUGGUAGAAGCAGAUCCGAGUGAGCCUAGAAAUUGGACUCAGUUUGGGCCAAAGGUCCUGAUUUGGUACAUAAAUAUGACUUCUUUUUCUUUUGUUCAUAUUACACUUGACAUGUUGUAUAUCAAGUCUGGUUCAGUGGCACAGCAGGUACAUGUUUACAUGGGUUUCCACCUCCCAAAAACAUGCAGGUCUGAGGCUCUGCUUAGCUAAACUGGCCUGGGAGUGAAUGAGUGUGUUAAUGUACAGUAUAUAGUUAUUAAUAGUUAUGAAAUAGCAGCACCUGAGUCAUAGGAACUUGAUAAGAACUCAACAAUUAUGAGGUCCACCUACCAUACAGGUCAAUUUGUAGGUUUAAAUUUACUGAAGGUAGCAUGUCUGUUGCAUGCACAGUUUGUAUGCCAGCCUCUGUCCCAUCCAUAAAUGAAAAGGGGCCACUAUAGGAUGAUAGAAUGGUCAUUCAUUCUCGUUUUUUCCCUUUUGAUACCUAAGAAAGUGCUAAAAUAUGCAAGGAUAUACAAUGAAUGCAAGAAUUAUCAAUAUCCAAAACUCCAAAAUUACAUACAAAGUAAGCUAACUACACUACAACUAAACUAUAUCAAAAAGUCAAGGUGUCAACAUCUGGGAAAAAUAACCCUAUAUGUUUGAACCACAGUAGCCAAGCUUGGUAAAACACCAUAACGACAACUACUACAAUUUUGUUUAGUGCUAGCAUUAGAUCUAUAGUGGACUAGCACACUAUCCAGGGUGUAUUCCUGGCUCACACCCAGUGUUUCUGGGAAAGGCUCUGGAUCCACCAUGAUCCUGACUGGAAUGAAUCUGUUACUAAGGAUGAAUGAAAGAAAUGAAAAUGAAAUAUUUUAAACAUAUUUGUGUUUACAGAGAUAUAUUUCCAAAUGUUUCUUCUAUCAAAAAAUGAAGUGUUCUUAAAAAAGAAUUCUCUGUUAUCAAACAUUAAUUUGCUAACCCAAAUCAUAAUACCAGUCCUCAAUAAUACCUCCAGAGCAGGUCACUGCUUAAGUCUCCCACUGGCUGAGCUGAUUAUCUCUUUGUUUUGUCUUGAGCAUUUUUCAUAGAGAAAACUGAACAAAGAAAGACAGCGUCCUACACACUGGGAACAUCAAUCAGCUCCAUGAACCCUACACACCACAAGAGUGAAUUAGUGAAGCCUAUAGCGCUGUUGAAUAAGCUGAACCUGAGUGUUGCAACAUUGCCCUCUACAGAGGAAAUGAGAAAAUAUCGCUGAGAGUUGUGGACAAAAGAACAAAGGAGCCCCAUAGGAAAGAACACAAAGGAACUGAAGGCAGCAAACAAACAUGACCUAUUAACCAGAAGCAUAGCAUCUAUUUUUUUAUGCAUAGGGCAUAAUUGUAUCGUUGUCAGUAAUAACUAUGCUUUAAUAACAAGCAAUCAGUGGUUGUGCAUAUGUUUUUUGUCCAGAUUAUUACUUCCCAUUCAUCACACAUCAAUCACAUAUUCAUUUUUCAUUUCAUUUACUGUUAUAUAUGGUAUUUAAAUAGUUCCAUUAGGCCAUGACAGAUGAAGGCCACUUCUUUUAAUGUGGCGAUACAAUAGGUGUGUCUUAGCACUGCAGCGGAAAUCAGGCAGCCGACACACACACAGACCUCUGACCACUUGAGUAACCUCUAUCACGACCUACACCACACCCAUUCUACCUGGGUGCAUCUCUCUCACUCUCUCUUGCUCUCUCUCUAUUUCCUUCACCUCACUCACCUUCACUCACCUGUUUCAACCUGUCUCAUCACCAUUCCCUAGAAGCAGGUACGUUACUUUAUUUUAUUUUAAUCUCUAAUAUUUUUCUCACUGUUCCAUAAAUGAUCUCUUUCUGUGACUGAGAUUCAGCGCAAAAUUUACCUUUAUUGUUUUCUUACAGAUUAAAAUGGGCUUGUUCGAAUUCGCCAAAGUUAUGAUGGUUGUGUACAACUUGUUAAUCUUGGUGGGAGGAUCAGGCUUGAUAGCUGUGGGGUUUUGGAUGCGUUUAAGUGGAGAUGUACUGGGGUCGAAUGUACUGGGGGUGUUCUCUAUAAAUGCAGCGUACACCAUCAAAGUGGACAUAUUCUUCAUUAGUGUUGGAAUUAUAAUGGUCCUGCUGGGAUUUCUGGGCUGCUGUGGGGCAAAAAAAGAGAGCAAAUGUCUCCUGAUUAUGUUCUUUUCCAUCAUUGUCAUCAUUUUCAUCUCGGAGCUGACGAUUGGGUUGUUUGCCCUGGCCUAUUCUUCAUAUAUUGGGAAAUUCCUAAGAUCAUGGGGCAGACCUGUUCUGCAGGAUCAAUAUGGAAGAGAUUUCCACUUCACGAACUUGUGGAACAUGACCAUGACAAAGCUGCAUUGUUGUGGUUUUGAUAACUACACCGACUUCAUUGGCUCCUAUUAUUCUAAGCACUAUGGUGAGAUUUACCAUCCCAGCUGCUGUGGAAACACAACAUUCAUAUGUGAUUUGGAGCAUGCACAGAACAGCACAGUACAGGGCUGUUUUAAGUGGCUUGUAGAGGCCCUAGAUUCAAAACUCUACAUUCUUGGAGCAAUCGCAGCAGGGGUUGGUGGUAUUGAGGUACAUUCAGAGCAUAAUCAAAAUUUGCAAGAUAAUCAUGGUUCAAACUUUGUUCAAACCUACAAAGUUUAAUCAUUUUGUGCUUUUCUUUCUGUCUUUCAGACUGGAGCGAUGUUGGUGUCCUUGUACCUUU